UCCGCCUGCGCCCUCAUUGGGCGAGAGGCGCAGCCAGCGGCACUUCAAAGCGGGUGCUCCUCGCACUUAGGCUGAGUUUUGCCGGCGGGAGCCCAGAGUCCGCUCGGCGCGAGCGCGGGACGCGGGACCCGCGCGGGACCAGAAUUGUGUUUCCCAGCAGCCGCCAGGCUUAACACCGCUCCGGCCUCGCCGCGCCGCGCAGUCCAAAGACCUGCUAUGGCCACGUCUAUUCUUGGGGAAGAGCCACGCUUCGGAACGACCCCGUUGGCCAUGCUGGCGGCGACCUGCAACAAGAUCGGCAACACGAGCCCUCUGACGACGCUGCCCGAGUCCAGCGCCUUCGCCAAAGGCGGCUUCCAUCCCUGGAAGCGCUCCUCAUCCAGCUGCAACCUCGGCUCCAGCCUCUCGGGCUUCGCUGUGGCCACGGGAGGCCGCGGCUCGGGCGGCCUGGCGGGUGGCUCGGGAGCCGCCAACAGCGCCUUCUGCCUGGCCUCCACGUCCCCUACGUCGUCCGCCUUCAGUAGCGACUACGGCGGCCUCUUCUCCAACUCUGCGGCAGCGGCGGCCGCGGCGGCCGGCGUGUCCCCGCAGGAGGCGGGCGGCCAGUCGGCCUUCAUCUCCAAGGUGCAUACGACGGCUGCCGACGGUCUGUAUCCGCGCGUGGGUAUGGCGCACCCAUACGAGUCGUGGUACAAGUCAGGUUUCCACUCGACACUGGCGGCGGGCGAAGUGACCAACGGCGCGGCGUCGUCUUGGUGGGACGUGCACAGCAGCCCCGGUUCGUGGCUGGAGGUGCAGAACCCCGCCGGGGGGCUGCAGAGCUCGCUGCACUCGGGCGCCCCCCAGGCCUCGCUGCACUCGCAGCUGGGCACCUACAACCCCGACUUCAGCUCGCUCACGCAUUCGGCCUUCAGCUCCACCGGCCUCGGCUCCUCGGCUGCCGCCGCCUCGCACCUGCUCUCCACCAGCCAGCACCUGCUGGCUCAGGACGGCUUCAAGCCGGUGCUGCCCUCCUACUCGGACUCCAGCGCCGCGGUAGCCGCGGCCGCCGCCAGCGCCAUGAUUUCUGGCGCCGCGGCCGCCGCCGCCGGGGGCAGUUCCGCGCGCUCCGCUCGCCGCUAUUCCGGUCGUGCCACCUGCGACUGCCCCAACUGCCAGGAGGCCGAACGGCUGGGUCCGGCUGGGGCGAGCCUACGACGCAAGGGGCUGCACAGCUGCCACAUCCCUGGCUGCGGCAAGGUGUACGGCAAGACGUCGCACCUGAAGGCACACCUGCGCUGGCACACGGGCGAGCGGCCCUUCGUGUGCAACUGGCUCUUCUGCGGCAAACGCUUCACGCGCUCGGACGAGCUGCAACGGCACCUGCGGACUCACACGGGAGAGAAGCGCUUCGCCUGCCCGGUGUGCAACAAGCGGUUCAUGCGCAGCGACCACCUGAGCAAACAUAUUAAGACGCACAACGGGGGCGGCGGGGGCAAAAAGGGCAGCGACAGUGACACGGACGCCAGCAACCUGGAGACGCCCCGCUCCGAAUCCCCGGACCUCAUCCUGCACGACUCCGGCGUCAGUGCAGCCCGGGCGGCUGCUGCUGCUGCUGCGGCGGCGGCGGCGGCGGCAGCGGCGGCGGCAGCGGCUUCGGCGGGAGGCAAAGAAGCUGCAACCGGUCCCAACGACUCCUAGAGGCUGGCGGAGAGGCGCGAGCAAGCGAGUAGAGACACCCAGAGCGAGCAAGAGGUUCGGUGGGCGAGUGAGUGGGCGCACGGGAGGGCAGGGGCUCCAGAGGCGCCCGGAGCCCAGGCUGGGCGCGAGGUGGAGCCGCGCGGAUCCCCGGGCGGUGGCUUGCUGGCGCCGCCGGAGGUCCCUUCCACCCACUGCGCCCAGAUGAGAAUCGAACGCGAGGUCCAGAAACCAUCCUCCGACAUAAAUAGGUUCAAAACUGCACGC